AGUCACACCAACGUCCUGUCGCCGGUGUCUGCUCCUUCAAAUUUUGCCUUUCAGUCCAUUGUUUUGUAACGAUAAUGCCCUGUGCUCGUGCCGCAAGGAAUCGGCGAUACUAGAACCCAUACCAUGCUAGUUGUUCACUUUCAAUCCCUGCUUCUUCUGACAGGCUGCUCACUUCGAUUGUAACCAAGUCUUCUUCAAGUCUGGAAUGGUCGAGUUGGGGAGGAUACACACGUUAGAAUUGUGAUACAACGGAAUUGAUUGGUAGCGAUUGGGCGUGGGAACUGGGUUAGGGGUUGUGAAGCACCAACUUACUUUCUGGAAACACAUUUGCGGACCCUGCGUAUCACAAGUUUUUAGGAGAGUGUGGUGUCUAUGGCAAUGAGCACUAUAUCUGUUGUAAUGCGGCUGUCGCGGAAAACUAAUUCCCUCGGAAUGGUAUGCGCUCUUCGCUCCAUGGGUUUGAGAUUUUCGUCGUUAGCGGAUGCUAGCAACGGAAGUGGGGAGCCUCAGGAUGUGGGGUUUAUUGGUCUCGGUAACAUGGGGAGUCACAUGGCUACGAAUCUGCUGAAGGCCGGGCAUCGCCUUACCGUUUACGACAGAAAUGAGGCAGUGAUGCAGACAUUUGCAGAACGAGGGGCAACCGUAGCUCACAAUCCUCGAGAAGUUGCAGAUGCUAGCGACGUUGUCAUCACAAUGUUGCCCUCUUCACCGCAUGUGGAGGAGGUUUACACAGGAAAAAAUGGAAUACUGAGCAAUGUUGGUUCAGUGCGGCCGUCGUUACUUAUCGACUCAUCCACCAUCGAUCCACACAAAUCCCGCCUGCUUGCAACAAAAGUUGCGAAGUGCAAACUGCUGCCGAACUCAAAGAAGGUAGUAGUAGGGGAGGUGCCAGUUCUGCUAGACGCACCCGUCUCAGGUGGCGUGGUUGGCGCACAAGCUGCAACUCUUACAUUCAUGAUUGGAGGACAUCAAGAGGGUUUUCAAGUUGCUGAGCCUCUGCUCCGUGCCAUGGGCUCACGAAUAGUUUAUUGUGGAGGCCCUGGCAAUGGUGCUGCUGCCAAGGUUUGCAACAACUUAGCCUUGGCGAUUAGCAUGGCCGGGGUUGCGGAAGCACUGGCACUUGGGCAGCAGCUUGGCAUUGAUGCCCACACACUGUCUAAUAUAUUCAACUCCUCGUCUGCCCGUUGUUGGAGCAGCGACACAUAUAAUCCGGUACCAGGUGUCAUGGCAAAUGUGCCUGCCUCCCGUGAUUACAAAGGGGGUUUCUCAUCCCAGUUGCUGACAAAAGACUUGGGAUUGGCGAUUGCAGCUGCUGAGGAAGCUGGAGCAGCAGUCCCUUUAGGUGGACAGAUACUAGAAAUGUAUAAGACCCUUUGCAAAGCUGGGCACAGCACCUUGGAUUUUUCAAGCAUUUUCCAGUACUAUUAUAGCGGCAAAUCUGAGCAGAAUCCAACAGACUGAUGAUGAGUUGCCGCAUGUAGUGGGCUCCCAUGAACACGCAUGAAGAUGCUAGAUGACACUCAAGUGUGCGUAGCAUCAUGUGCAGUGUGAGCCUUUCAGCCCUGAAUUAUUUGUCUUGUGAAAUGAUUAUAUUUUGUACUCAUGUUCACGAUGAUGAAGCAGAUCAAGAGCUUGUAAAUGCAAUAAACAUGGAAUAAAUUACACAUGUCUAGAGAAGUUUUUGGCUCUGAA